GUUCUAUCAAUGGUAGAAGAUAGAAUCAAGAAAUUAGAAGACGACUCAAAACUUGAAAAGGAAAAACAUGGAGGGAGAAAACCUUGCUCAUACAAGGAAUUCAUGGCUUGCAAACCACCGGUAUACAAUGGGGAGGUUGACCCAAUAGUGUGCCAAAGAUGGCUAAGUGAUAUCGAAGGGGUAUUCGAGAGAACCCAUUGUGAUGUAAAUGACUAUGUGGCCUAUGGUACGGGUCAACUAAGAAAUCAAGCAAAAGAUUGGUGGGAUAACAAGAAGAGAGAGAUCGGUGCUGAGGCUGUUAAGGUCAUGACUUGGGAUGAAUUCAAGACGCCAUUUCUGAAGCAUCAUAGCCCCAAAGCGGUUAUGAAUAAAAUCAAGCAAGAAUUCAUGCAGCUCAGGCACAAAAACGAGACCAUAGACAAGAUCACGGCAACGUUUAUGGAUAAAAUGAAGUUUUGUGAUGAUCUUGUAACAAACGAAGAACAAAGGAUAUAUUAUUAUCAUAACAUGUUGAGUGCCGAGUAUAGAGAGUUUAUCACCCCUUCCAAAUACGAGACCCUUACCGAGAUUAUAAAUGCUGCUCGGGAAAGGGAAAUAGAGCUGAAAAAGAGUAUCGAAAGGGGUGAACGGAGGGCACCUGAUGUAAAUCCCAGCCCUACCAAAAAGGCACGAACAAGUGAGAGCUCAAAGAAGUCUGAUACGAAAGGCGGGUCACCGGGUUGCAAAAUUUGCGGGAAGGGCCAUAAAGGCGAAUGUCAUUACAAGGAUAAGCCUUGUCCUAUAUGCAAGAAAACGGGACAUAUAGCCUUAUCAUGCCCGGAGAAGGUAACGGUUUGUUACAAUUGUUACCGAACGGGUCAUAAGAAAGCAGAGUGCCCGGAGUUGGUUGAAAAUAAGGGUGGGCAGGAACAGAAAGGUGAAGCCCCCAAAGCAAAGGCGAGGUCUUUUCAACUAACAGCCGCUGAAGCAAAGAUUGAACCUGACGUGGUCUCAGGAAAAGAAGCCGGGGCAUCUAGUGGACAAACCGGUGUGGACGCUCGUUUGAAGGGCUCGCUUUGAAAGGUGAUUAGAAGUCAAGGAUGGCGAUCAAGCGACAAGAUGAAUGAACCGAACACUCCAUUUCGAAGCUUCUGCUAUGUUAAACUUGUUAAACAGUGUUUCUUUUGUUGUAAUCAAAGUCUUAAACAACAAUGUUAUGUUCUACUUUUGUUCCUAGUAGGCUAACUAGUAAAGUUUUGAAACUUAUGUAAA